AUGUUCAACGAGUUCUCCUUCCUCCACUUGGACAACUGUUUCGAUGCUCUCAGUCUUAACAAUCUUCAAUCUCCACCCAGCCAUUAUUCGUCCCAUGCAGAUGGACCGUGUGUCCCUUCAAUUGCCCGUAAUCACUCAAGCAUACAUGAAAGCCUCCCUCUGCUACCUAGCGAGGAUUUUGCUUCUGUGGAGAACCUCGAUGGUGCCGAAGGCACUCUGUAUGAAUCAGAUCUCGUCAGUGCUGCGAAUGUUCUCACAAUGCGGUCACGGGAGAAUAGUUUGCAUCUUGACUUAGGUGUACACGGUUACAUCCUCGACUUUAGUUCAUACGUGGCUCUCGACCCUGGCGUUGAGAAUGUGGUCGACUGCGACUCCCCUUUUCCUGUCUUAAACGAUCCACUGGGUCUAGACGGAUUCCUGACACCAGAGAAUACUAUACCAAUCACCUACGCUCCGGUUCUCCCUUGCAAGGAGUUGCCUGCCCCAUUCUCAUGUAGCAUAAUCCCUGGUGCUUAUGCACAAGCUCCAGCUCGACAGAUCAUCAAUGAUACCUCUACACCAGUGCGACGAUCUCCGGCACGCGUUAGCCCGUACUCUUCUCCAUUCUCCUCUACUCCCUCUCUAUCGAAACUUCCUACGUCCAUUUCCACACGGCGCCUUCGAAAUAGUCAAAUUCGCUUAUCGGACUCAGACUUUAUGAUAGCACUGGCCGUAGCUGUCGACGCCCUGGUCUGUCCGGUUCCUAGUUGCGGGUAUGCACCGUCAGAUGGCCACAGGGGCGACCUCAAGCGACAUUUAAACAUACACCGAGCACCAACUAGUCGAGAGGAAUGGAUGUGCUGUGGCUUACCUGUUCCGCCGGACCGUGCUUGCGGGAAGGACCUUCACGACGUCUACGAAUACAAAGGACUCCUGAUGGCGGGGGGAUGUCAACACUACUUCAGCAGGAAGGAUGCACUCGUGCGUCAUCUGAAAACGAGGAAGGGCCGAUGUCGGGGGGAUAUCAGGUUAGCUGAAAGGCUAAGCCAACUUUGA